UCCUUCACUCCAUAAAAUUAGGCAAAAAGAGUGAUAGAUGAAAAGUUAAACAAGAGUUGCCAAACUUUCAAGAACAAAUUUUUAUGAUAAAAAGAAAAGAAUAAUAGGAACCAAUUCAUACCCACAUUCGAUUCCGAGACUGCAAAUCUAUGGCUUCCUCUUCUUCGAAUCCCCAACUCCUCCUAACACCAUUUUUACCUUCAUCUUCAAUCCCAAAACUCGAUUUCCCCCCUCCAUUACUGAAUCCAUCAAGGAGGAAAAAGAAAGGGGCUUUGGCUAUGGCAGCUGCGGCUAAUUCAGCCGCUGAUAAGCCACCCAGAUUGGUCACUUUCUUGGGUAAAGGCGGUUCUGGUAAAACCACCUCUGCUGUUUUCGCUGCUCAGCAUUAUGCUAUGGCAGGACUCAAAACCUACUUGGUUAUACAUUCCCAAGAUCCUACAGCCGAAUAUCUUCUGAACUGUAAGAUUGGCACAUCUCCUGUUGCAUGCAAUGCCAACCUUUCAGCUGUGAGAUUGGAAACUACAAAAAUGCUUCUUAAACCCUUAAAUAGACUAAAGGAAGCAGACACUCGUCUUAAUAUGACACAAGGAAUUCUUGAAGAGGUGGUAGGACAAGAGCUAGGUGUGUUACCCGGGAUGGAUUCGAUCUUUUCAGUUUUGGAACUUGAAAGGCUAAUAGGAUUCUUUGGAAAUGUUACUCAAGGGAACAGUCAAAAGGAGAAAUUUGACAUUAUAAUUUAUGAUGGUAUGAGCACUGAAGAAAUGAUUCGGAUGAUAGGUGCAACCAGCAAAGCAAGAUUGUACUUGAAAUAUCUGCGUAAGUUAGCAGAAAAGACCGAUUUUGGGAGGUUGGCAGGCCCUUCUCUCCUGAGAUUUGUCGACGAAGCUAUGAGUUUAAGUGGCAGAAAUUCGAAUCUGAAUGGGAAAAUGAGUUCCGAGAUAUGGGACUUUCUAGAUCAAACAUUAGAGAGAGGAUCUUCUAUCAUUGCAGAACCCGAUAAAUUUGGCUGCUAUGUUGUGGUGGACCCCAAAAGUUCCGCGUCUUUGGCUUCUGCAUUACGCUACUGGGGCUGUGUUAUCCAAGCAGGCGCCCAGGUCUCUGGUGCACUCGCUUUUGCAUCGCCAAAUGAUGCUGCUGGAUUAAGGGAAAAAGUCGAUAAGAGCUUUUCGCCUUUGCCCUACACUUUCAUUCCACAUCUCUCGGUAGAUACCCGCCUAGAAUGGAAUCAUAUAAUGCAGGAUGCUUGUAGUGAGGAUGCCCGCAAACUUCUUGCUGUUACAAGCCAUGGGACGAGGAUCCAUCCUGUUAAGUUUGAUCCGACCAAUAAAACUGUCACACUUCUCAUGCCUGGUUUUGACAAAUCGGAAAUCAAACUAUACCAAUUUAGAGGGGGAUCUGAGCUGUUGGUCGAGGCAGGUGAUCAAAGACGCGCCAUUUUUCUGCCCUCGAAGCUUCAAGGCAAGGUCGUAGCUGCCAAGUUUAUCGAAAGAAGUCUUGUUAUAACCAUGCAAUAACAAAAAAGCUUCAAGCUCUAAGGUUCUCUUCUUUCCUUGCUUCAAGUGCCCUUUGAUGUACCAAAACUGUUGAGAAAUUCAUGAAUUUUGUUUUGGACAAAUGGUUGCUGUAAUCUAUGCAUCUCUGUAUUUCUGGUAAGCUGAAGGUACAAUAUGAAUGUUGUUUCCUA